AUGCAUCCCCCUUGUCUAAAAGAAGCCUCCCAUGUAUGCCUUCACAGCUGCUGUCCAAGCCCUAUGCUUGGCUUUCCUGAGCCCCAAAGGACCAGAAGCACCGCAGCGACAUGUCGCCAUAACUUUGCCGCAACAGCUACUUCCUCUAUCCUACCAAACGCCCAAUUUACAAAUCCCGAGUCUCUCCCAUCUUUGCAAGAAUCAUUUACUCUAUUCAGCAAAGCUUAUCCGGAAUAUGCAGAUAGCUACCAAGUCGACCGAAUCCGAGCCCAAGAAUACCAGCACCUCUCUCUCUCCCACCAUACCUGCCUUGAUUAUAUUGGCAUCGGCCUCUUCUCCUAUGCCCAGCUACAAAAUCAUGACUGCAGAAAACAAAUUGUUCCUUCUUCUCCUCCCACUCGAACAAAAACCUCACUUUUCCCCUUCUUCAGUGUGUCCUACAAGACGGGAAAUUUGAAGACGCAGCUACUUCAUGGUGGUCAAGAAUCAGAACUAGAAUCUGCAAUGAAGAAAAGAAUUAUGAGUUUACUCAAAAUAUCUGAAAAUGAGUAUUGUAUGGUUUUCACUGCAAAUAGAACAUCAGCUUUCAAACUCGUAGCAGAAUCUUACCCUUUCCGCUCUAGUCAGAAGCUUCUGACGGUUUAUGACUAUGAGAGUGAAGCAGUGGAAACAAUGAUUAGUUGUUCUGAGAAGAAAGGAGCCCAGGUGAUGUCAGCAGAGUUCUCAUGGCCGAGGCUGAGGAUUCACUCAGCAAAGCUGAAGGAGAUGAUUAUGAGGAAAAGAAAAAAGAGGAAGAAAAGGGGACUGUUUGUUUUCCCACUCCACUCAAGAGUGACAGGAGCCAGGUAUCCUUAUUUAUGGAUGAAUAUAGCUCGGGAGAAUAACUGGCAUAUUUUGAUCGAUGCUUGUGCAUUAGGGCCAAAGGACAUGGACAGCUUCGGCCUCUCCCUCAUCCGUCCAGACUUCCUCAUUUGCUCCUUCUACAAGAUUUUUGGGGAAAACCCGUCCGGAUUUGGAUGUCUCUUUGUCAAGAAAUCUACCGUCCCACUCUUGGAGGAUUCCAUCAGUGCUGGAAUGGUAAGUCUCAUUCCAGCAAAGAAGCUGUUUUGGUUCCUAGAUGAAACUUUUGGCACUGAAACAGAAAUUGAACAGACAUCUAAGUUUGAAAUAGAAGAGGAAGAACUAGAUACCUCAAACUCCUUUUCAGGUCCAAUAUCAAUCUCGAAUAUGCAGUCUGGAAAACUGGAACAUGGAGAAACCUCUGAGCACCAAAGUGGAGUAACAACUUCAAAAGUGAUCACAGAGGUAACUUCCGAGCUUGAAAUCGCAACAACUGCAGAACAAGAAGUGAUGGAAACUUCAGCCUCUGAAUGUCAAACAGCAGCGGAAGAGAAAGAAGCAGAAAGUAAUAGAUUAAGAAAUCCUGCUAAGGCAAUCCAACAAAUAACCAGAAGAAAUGGGAUCAUGGAAAUUGAAUGCAGAGGGUUGGAUCAGGUUGAUUUAUUGGGACUGACACAAAUCAGUAAAAGAGCAAGGUGCCUAAUUAAUUGGCUAGUGAAUGCUUUGAUGAAGCUGAAGCAUCCAAACACUGAAGAAAUCCCUGUGAUCAGAAUAUAUGGGCCAAAGGUAAAAUUUGACCGUGGGGCUGCAUUGGCAUUCAAUGUGUUUGAUUGGAAAGGAGAAAAAGUUGAGGCUGCUCUUGUACAAAAACUAGCUGAUCGAAGCAAUAUUUCUCUAAGCUACAGUAUCCUAAAUCAUAUCUCAUUCUCAGAUAAGUAUGAAAAAGUUGUACCAUCAGGUGUUGUAAACAGGAAAGGAAAAGACAAUCUGGGAAUAACAGUUGUUACGGUUGCACUGGGGUUCCUGGCCAACUUUGAGGAUACUUACAGGCUCUGGGCUUUCAUUGCUCAGUUCCUAGAUGCGGACUUUGUGGAGAAGGCCAAGUGGAGAUAUACAGCUCUAAAUCAGAAAACAGUUGAAGUCUAAACACAGCAUUAUUUGUUGGAUUAUGAAGUUUGCCAUACAAAACAAAAUGGAAACAUAGGCCAACAGGGACAACUAUGAUGGGGACAACUGCGAUAAGAAAAUAGUUCCACCACUCGAUUUCUCGAUCUUAAAAAAAAGAGAGAUGGCAAAACUUAUAUUAAAAGUGGAAAACCUGUUAUUCUCUUUGUUUCAAAAGUACCUACAAACCCCGAUUGAUUUACACAAUUUUCUAUUAACAUAAAAACAUUUCAACUCA